CAGAGACAUUGAUGCUUCUCCAACUUUAGCGGGUACACUUACGAUCUGUAGUCGACAGUUUAGCCAAGUUGACGAGUAUUGUAUUAGUAAAUAGAAAGUAUGUUGGAUUAAGUAUACGAUAUUAAAGAGCCUGACGGAUUUUGUGAGUCCAGCGAGUUAUGCUGUAGAGAAAAGAAUGCCGUUUUUUAGCUCGCUCGUCAUUUUCUUAUUUGGCUCACUUACUAAUAACAGCGCUAACUAGCUAGCCGAUGCUAACCUUAGCUAACUCGAGCACAGAAUAUUGAAGAUGCGUCGUGGUGGAUUUCUGUCCUCUUUUGUUGCCACGCUAAAGAGGUCAUAAAAAAGCGAAAUAAACUUGGAUAAACUUUGGAUGGCGGUGGCUCCUGCCUCGAUGGCAGAUAAGAUCAUAGUCCUUGAUGGUGACGAUGAAGAUGACAGGCCUCAGCCUUCCUGCUCUGCCUCCAGCUCGUCCUCUCAGCAUCAAGCCAAAAAUGUGUCGCCACUCAAAGCUCAGCAGCCUGUCCCCACCCACAUCACAGAGUCACCUUUUGCCUCAGCCAAGAAGCAAGAACAUGUUCUGCUGGCAGAGAAUCAGAAGUUGUUCACUGAGUUUAUGGAACACUGCACACCUCUCACUGAGGACUGCCCUGAGGUCUUAACCUUCCUCCAAACCAAGCGUUCCAAGGCCUACCCAGACUAUCUGUCAUCUGUGGAGUUCAGGAACACCUUGGGACGCUGUUUGACUCGCGCUCAGGCCAACCGUUCUAAAACUUUUGUCUACAUCAAUGAACUGUGCACUGUACUCAAGCAGCAUGCGGCCAAGAAGAGGCAGAUCGUCACCAAAGUUGAGCCUGGGCCUUGUACCUCAACAUCCAGUUCUCCCCAGUCUACCUCUCUUACGCUCAGAAGUAAAGAUACGACUAAAGUUGAGAUGGAUAACCAGGCAGCUGACAGUAAGCAGCCUUCCCCUUCAGGACCGCAGGAGGGUGUGGAGGACAAUAAGGAGCAACAAGAAGCAGAGAAGAAGGCACAGAGGGCACUGAGGAAACAGAUUGCCUACCUGGAGAACCUACUGAAGGUGUACCAUGAUGAGAUCCGCCGCCUGCAGCAGGCCGAGCUGAGUUUAGACGACCUGGGAUCUGAGGAGUCUUUAUACAUCCAGGAGCACAAGCUCAAACGCAAGAUGAUGAAGAUUUAUGAAAAGCUGUGUGAACUAAAGGGCUGCAGCCCACUGACGGGCCGAGUCAUUGAGCAGAGGAUCUCCUACAGCGGCACUCGUUAUCCUGAGAUCAACAAGAGGAUCGAGCGCUUCAUCAACAGUCCCGAGGCACAGAGGAACCCUCCAGAUUACCAAGACGUCCUCCAGCAGGUGCUGCGUGCCAAUGAGCGCCACACCCUGUGCCUGAGCAGGAAACAGCUGAACCAGAUCGCCAAGGAUGCUUUCGGAUAUAUCGGGACCCGCAUGCAGGAAAGACGGCACCAGGACCUGGUGUACAACUUUGGCUCGCACCUCACUGACCCCUACGAGCGUGCCGCAGACCCAGCGCUGAAGGACGCCUCGCUGCUUCGGAAGCUUCAGUCCAACAGGAAAGUGGCUCUGUCCCACCUGGAGGAGGUCAUCACCAAGUAUGCCGUCAAACAAGAGGACACAGAGGAGCAGGAGAGGACCAAACGACUCAAGAAAAACAGCAAGGAGAAAGAGGGCCACAAAUCAGAGAAGGGAAAGGAGGUGAACGGAGUGGCAGAGGAGGAAGAAGCAGAGGUAGAGGAGGAGGAGGAGGAGGAGGAGGAUGAGGAGGAAGAUGAAUCGUCAGACCCAGACAUCGAGGAAGAGAUCCAGGCCAGCACUCAGCAGGAUGGACAAGAUGAUGAAGAGAACGAGGAAGACGACGGCAACGAGGCCGAACAAGCUCGUGAUGGCCCCAGCAAGGAGGAUCAGAUGGACGAAGUCCCGGGAAGUGUUUCUGCAGGUGAAGAUGGGAGCGCGAAAGAUGAGGACGAAGAGCCGGUGACAAGUGGACUCAGUCCUCUCUCUGAAGAAAGCAAGUCCCAGAUAUCUCCGCUGUCGGACAUCCCCUCCCCCAGACACAGCCCCAGCCAAUCAGAGCCAGUGCAGACUGAUAACCAGAGGCGGCUGUCCAAUGGUAACCUUGCGGGAUUAGAGGAGCUCGUGGAUUCCUCCAAUCAUGUCUCAGUCUUGCUGGUAAGCACUAGUAAAGUCACAAAGGACCCUGCUGAUGUCUCCAUGGUAGCAGCCAAUAUGGCAGCUCUGCCCCUCUCACCUGUGGUCAUAGUGGAAAAAUGUCUCACACAGACUUCCAACGGCACGUCGCCGCCUCCCAGCCCUCGGACCACAAGGAGCCAGAAGAGGAAGAGGCAGGAAAUGACAUCAGUGAGCUCUGAAAAUGCAAAGCACAUCAUCAUCCAUGACAGUGAGGUCGAUAUCCCUCUGGACUGCAGUUCUCCCCAGCAGGCAGAGUCGACCCGAGCAGACACGCCGAACCAGGAGACGGUCAGCAGCUCACAGCUGACGCCGCCUCCCAAGAAGAACAAGGUCAACGUGGCCACCCAGUGCGACCCGGACGAGAUCAUCGUCCUGUCAGACUCCGAAUGACCUUUGACCUCUCACUGGCCACAACGUUCUUCCACGUCACCUCUGGGGCUGAAUGUCUGUAAAUGCACUCGUUCUUAAGGACUGGCCUUGGCUGCUGCCUCAAAGAAAGGAGAAAAAAACCAAACUUUUUCAUAUUAAAAAUUCUGAAAUUGCUCAUAUAAAUGUGAUGGAUUUUUACAGAAUCACAGCAGCCUUUUGUAGCUGUGAAAGACUUGAAUUGAAUUCAGUACCUCACGUCACUUGAUUACCAAACGAAAGCCAAGUGUUUCUGUGAAGGACUUAAAUAAAAAUUGUGCAUCGACAUUUGAAUGAAAGCUGCUUAAACAGGAUGUGAUUCUGAGAGAAUCAUGGAGCCUUCUCCUCCUCCUUCUUCUUCUUCUCCUUCUUCUUCUGCUGUGUGCACCACAGAGUGAACCUUUGGCUGAUUGUCUGAGACUGAACUUGUGGUUAAUGUGGUUUAGGUGAGAAACCAGUGCCUGAAAACUGUUCCCACAGACACUCGGCUGCCGAGGACUGUGUGAGCUCCCCGCCGGCUCGUUUACAUUUUUAUAUUUCAAUCAGAUGUUGUCAUAAAGGAGAGGGAGGAGGUGGUCUGUACAGAGGGGUGUCGUCGUUUUAUUUGCUGUUGCAUUAAAUUGCUGAGCUGUGGUGGUUUGUACUCUGCUGUUAGUGUGGGCUGCAGCAGUGCUGAUGGAGAACGUCUUUAUUUUUAAUUUUUAUAUUUCCCCCUUCAAGUGUUUCCAGUUUUAGGUUUGUAAAAAAAAAUGUUUUUUAUUUUCAGGCUGAUGUUUGCUGCAGGGUAGCUGAGCAGUUUGCAGAUAAAUAUCGACUGUACAGAGGAGUCCUGUUGGUUAACUCGCAGCGUGUUUGCAGGAUAAGGCUGACAAUAUUUUAUGUUUUUCUUAUCAAAUCCCCGCACAACGUAGGGACGUGGACUCUCAGUUACACAUCCACCGUCCUACUGCUGGGGCCCCAAGUGUGUAUCCAUCCACAGCUGAAAGUAGUCCCAGACAAGUGCACUGUUUACUCCUUCCUGAGUGACCCAGGAUCUGGCUGUUUUAGAAAAUUAGGAGCCUUUUAAAAAGAAAAAACAAAAAUGUAAAAUUAAACUUUUGACCCAUUUUUAAAGAUUUGUGUGUUCAGUAAGAUCCAGUGGAGGUUGGACACUUAACACACUGCUGGUUUUGGUGUGUGUGGGAUAAGAUGUCAGCCUUUUCUCCUAAGUGGCUAACAGACAAAAAGUUAAACUCGUGUUUCUCUGUUAGUGCAUCUGAGACACACUGAUAACCACAGUUAAUCAGCUGGUCCCCACAGACCCACCUGACCCGUUAGCCAGUGGGUUUCCUCGUCAGAACUGGCCCAGUUAAGGAUCCUCAAGGCCCGAAUCAAUGAAAAAUGCUCAACAGAAAUCCAGUUUUAUCCUGACAAACAAAGAUUGUCUUUAGCUGUUAGAGGUGCUUUUACUUUUUAUUCUCUGGGUUUUCAGAUAAAUUGGAGGGUUAAUUUGGAAUUUUUACGUCCCUGUCAUAUUGAGGAAAAAGUUAGUUUUUCUGUCUUGUAGGCAGUGUGGGACUGUGUUGCACUUAAGAUCUCCAGCAUCUGAUGAAUGAGACGCACAAUGGAGCAUUAAUACACUGAUGGGAAAAUUCUCUUUAUUUUCAUCGCUUUGUUUGUUUGUUGGUUUGUUUUUCUUUCAUUUUUUUUAACUUAAGAGUAACAACACAUGGGUGAGAUGAUGUUUUGGGUGAAAUAAAAAGUUUCUGGAACGUAGACGUGGCACAGAGCUACGGUAGCCUGUCAGGCCUCACUUCUGCAGAGGGCCGAUCCACUGCUCACUGUGAAUUUUUUCCUUCACAUUUUUGAUAAUAAAAUAAAUGAUGUUUUGUUUUUUUAA